AUGCAUGGCCACCCCGUCGAAAACCUGUAUGCCUCAAUGCCGCGGUUGCAGCGAAAUGACCAAAAACCGAUAGUUGCCAUCAAUACCUCGUUCACCUUCCACAUAGAACCCAUACGUUGUGGGAAUAUUGCGGUGUUGGCGGCGGUCCAGCAGAAUUUGAACGGAAUCUUACAGACAGCCCGGCGCAUGAGGUAGUUGUGUUGGCCUCUAUGCUCCUCGACCGAUGACCGGUCUAGUCCACUGUACCCUACGUAUUUUGCCUCGUUGCUCCUCGACCGAACGGUUCACGAUUCAUCACGAGAGACAACCUAUCGUUUCCUCGUUUUCCCUUUUCGCUCCUCCACCGACAACCACGUACUCAGGGUAGUGAAGCACACCUUACGCAAUUUUUAUGGUUGCUCCUCGAUCGAUCAGAGUAUAUUUGAGGGACGUACAAAUGCUUGCCUCACUACAAUUCCCCUUCGUUUCUCCUGAACCGAUCAGAGUGUAUUUACGGACGUACCAAAUGUUUUCUUCGCUAUUCCCCCUCGACGCUCCUCGAUCGAUCAGAGUGCAUAUACUGGUAGAUACACCAAAUGUUUUACUAGUUGUUGCCCUCAUCGUUCCGCGACCGAUCAGUUCUUAGUGAGGGAUACUUCACGAUUGCCUCACUUAUCCUCCGCCGAUAACUAUGCAUAUAGUAAAGAAAACUGGAAGAGAUUUUCCUUUCUGCUCCUGGGGGAUAAUCCAUGUCUGACUGGUUGCUGCUCGACCGAUCAGUGUGUGUUUACAAACGCACCUAAUGUCCAUGUAGCGCUAUUUCCUCUCGAUGCUCCUCGACCGAUCAGAGUGCAGCUACAGAUAGAUGUACCCAAUGUUUGCCUCCCUGCUCCUCCAGCGAUAACUGCUGUGCAUAAUAGUAAAACAGAUUUCGAAAUGUUUUUCUUCAAUGCUCCUCGACCAUUCCGUGUGUGCAGAGGGAUAAUCCAUGUCUAACUCGUAGCUCCUCGACCGAAUAAGCCAAGGCUCACCUUUGACCCCCUGGAACACGCCUCCGUCCCGAAGCUCCCCGCCUCGCUCAAGCUACAGGCCCAAUUCCUCGCAGUACACGGCACUCAGCAUGGCGAACCGAUGUUGACCUUGGGUCGUUAUCAUGCGCGGUCGGUGCUUUUCGAAGUCGAAUCAAUCUUUCCAAGCCCGAGGUCCUGCCCCAAAUCGGAUCGGCCGGCAAGAACAACGUUGUCCGGAUCAGGAAACACCAUAUCCUUAGUUUGAUCGAACAAUCCCUUUGGAAGUUAGGCAACACCUAAACAUCUUUGCCCUACUUCACUAUGGUCCGAGGCGUUUCGGAAAGUUGGUUUCGGGUAGCAACGUUGACGGUAGGGUGGCCCGACCACGAUGUUCAACGGUGGAUGUCUCGCAUUCGUUCUCGACGUUCUGGUAAAUAUUGAGCUCCGUGCGUUACUUCGCAAACUAUCCCCAAAUACCCAACAGCGAUCCCAACGCGGUCAGAAACUACUGCUGCCGGUUGCAUGGACAACCUUCGCUUCUACACGGCUAUGACAACAGCCCCAAAGCACGUACCCACAUGGAUGCCCUCAAGGCGACGUCCCAUGACAUCUCGAGAUCGGACCCCCGGGCGCUCUUAAGCCGCGCACAGAUGUCCGUCUUGCCCUGUACGAAUCAAGAGCGCAGGAACAAAUGGUGUUCAUGGAGGCUGCGGGAAAAUAUCAAGCAUUCCCUAGAAUAAAAACAGACGGACUGGUUUAUUAGGCGGACGGGUUUCGACGGUAAUGCCAUUUGGCGAACCUUGUUUUGGUGAUAGGCGUUAAUGCGUUUUUCGGCGAUUACGAGUUUGGCGGAGGCGAUAGUACCACAUUUGGGCGGUAAACUGUCGGCUGUGUUGCCAAACGGCGGUAAUUGUUUUGACGGUAGUCUAGGCGGUAUUACAAAUUUCGGCGGUAUCGACUUUUGCGGAGGCGGUGGAACAGAAUUUGGGUGGGAGUUUUUCGGCAGUGACGCCAUCCCGCGCCUACACUCUUGACGGUAGGCGGUAACGCGUUUUGUGGCGGUAACGAGUUCGGCGCAGGCGGUAAAACACAAAACAAAUGGCGGUAAAACAGCGGACUACCGGGACUGCCCGCCUCGGCGGUAAUUCACGGCGGGAAUUGUUGCCAUCGCCUACAACCACAACAUCCAGCAACAUGAAACAAGGCCGCAAUGGCGGUGGCAGUCCUACGAUUCCUGGCGGUAACACUUGGCGGAGGCGGUUACACGGAGAAAUGGCGGUAACUUUUCGGCGGCAAUUGUUUUGGCGGCACGCGUAACGCGUUUUUCGCAGUCACGAUUUUGGAGGAGGCGGUAAAACCUAAAAAUGGCGGUAGAACGGCGGAUUACCGGGACCGCACAACACGGCGGUAAUUUUACGGCGGAAAAAUCAACUAGAAAACACGAGUAAGCCCGUCAAAUAAACACCUCCCCCGAAAUGAGAUGCAAGGUUCCGAAAACCACCCGUCAGUUGCCAGCUGUGUAGACUAGUUGCGCGAGAGUCACUCGUUCUGUUGUUCGACCGAACGCAGCUAUUUGUUGCGUUCCAAGGUUUGCAUCGCUAGCUAAUGACAUCAACACGUGUCACCGCGGUUCACAUGUCUCACCUCGCUGUCUUUGGCUUUCUUGAGCGCCUCGUCACACGCAUCCAGCCAGCCCGUCGGCGUCGUACAAGUAGGCGACGGCGAGGUCAAUAGCACCGCCGUUGUCGUAGUGCUCAGGCACUCCUGCUUCACGACCUCUUGCGCAAUUUUCAUCACCGUAGCUGGUCUGAAGGCUUUGGUGUUUAUGGCGAAGCGAUCCCCAGCCUUCCCUACGGGCUUGUUGUCAACUAUUUGUACCAUUUCUCGUACGCCCAGCACAGCAACUGCUUCGCCGGUCCGUGACCGUUCUGCACUCAUUGCCUCACCUGUCGGCAUUCUGUAGCUGGCACUGUGCUGCUGUUGGCGUCCUUUCGCUCAGGGAGGAGGGUUGUGGUGAGUAGAGGGAGGGGAGGGGUCUAGCAGCGGUGGCGAGUGGUGGCAGCGACUACGCGUGAUAUUAAUGGUUGAAGAUAGAAGGCGCACAGGCCCUGACCUGUUAUGCAUGCUUAUGUUUAUGCAUUACUGGGCUUUUCGUGCAUAAGCAAAAGCAUAAGGUGGAGCGCGCAUAUGUAUAUAUUAUGGAUAAAAGUGUGCAUAACAGGGGUUAUCGUGCAUAGCGGUGGUUAAGCACGAGUGAGAUGGGGGUAAGGGGUGGCUCAGACGUUCAGACAGCUCAUUGUAACCAAAACAUAGCUUUUUUAUCCCCUUCAAAGUCUCUUGGUCUUUUAACUCUUUAGUUUCAAGUUCACAGAUCAGAAAACAAAUUG